AUGGAGGAAGAGCCGGGCUAUGUAUUGGUUCGGGGCAUGCACGCUUCGAUACGGCUCAAUCUACAGCAUUAUCUCUGGAAAGAUGGACUCGGGUAUCUUUUGCACCCAUCGAUUCCUCCCCCGCCCCUAGAGACAAAGUAUCGGAUUGCGGAUCUGGGAACUGGUACCGGAAUUUGGCCCUUGGAUCUCGCUCGGCAACUCCCUCCCACAGUUCAGGUAUAUGGAUUCGACAUCUCCCCCGCGCAAUUUCCACACCCAAGUUACUUACCCUCGAAUGUGAAAUUACAAGUUCUGAAUAGUCUCCAAGUUGAUCCUCCUGAAGAGUUGUUAGAAAGUUUCGAUAUCGUGCAUUUACGUCUUUGGCUUGGUGUCGUAAUGAAUGGGGACCCGAGUGCCAUUCUUAGUCAUGCGUUGAAAUUGUUACGACCGGGAGGAUACAUUCAGUGGAAUGAAAUUGAUCCUAAUCGGGGUAUUGCUGAAGGACCAAAUGGUGAAGAGUCUCCGCAUGCCGUUAAGAUCCUUAUUGUGCAGGCAAAUAUCAAAGAUCACAGAUGGAUUCCGGCCCUUCCUAAACUAUUUGAACAAUAUAAUCUAGAGGAUAUUAAGGAGGACUUUGCAUUCGAACAACCAUGGCAGACCAAAAUGGCAGGGGACUGUUCUUGUGCUGUUGUGCAUGAGAUGGCGAAUAAUGGGAGUCCGUUUAUUGUGAAAAGUUUGGAGAGGGUGGGUGUGGAUGUUCCGAAAGCGUAUGAGGAGGUCGGUGGAGGCGCGAGACUUACGCAGCCGUUCUGUGUGACGGUUGGGAGGAAACCGAUGAAGAAGACUGUCUGA